UCGACUCUGCCGUAACUGUGCGGAUAUUGGAUGAGUAGAUGAGCUGCACCGCGGGCUGUCAGCGCUCUGAUUAGCUGACCACCAGCGGCCCCAUCCCUGCUCAGGAGCUAGCGUUCUGUUGAUCAACCCACUCAAUAUACGCUCGAGGCAGAAUGACUUCGUUACUGCCGGCACCACUACCUCUCACAUCCACCGCGGCACGAGACGACCAGCAUGACGCCGACGAGCAACACCAGAGCAGUAACACCAACUUCGACUACGACUCUUUGCGCUCAUUGAUCGCUGGAGGUCGCAGCAGCAGUUCAACGAGCAAGCAGACGCAGCGAGUUUUCUGCGUGAGUCUGCCUAGUAUCGGCGGGUACAGGUCGUUGACCGAGCCAAUCAUGGAGUCGGAGAAGACUAUGGCGGCUGGAGAGGAAAUGAUAAUCGGCGAAGCAGAAGUGGUGACCGCGCCAUCGAGUCCGCCUGAUCUAUCGUAUUCGAAGAGUAGCAAGUCCUCCAUUUCCAGCAUUCCUUCCGACAUAUCGUCCGAUGACGAUUCGACGGAGAAGCUGCCGCAAUUCGAGGACGUUGGGCUGGACGAAGAUGUUAGAGAGGGCAUCGAUGACUGCAACGUGAAGCCCGAGAGCCGGCCUACGCUUAGGAGGCUGCCGAAACGCUCAUCCUCUGCCAACAUGGAGGUCAUGCAUGCCACAGUCCAGAUGAACGGUGCGCUAGGCGACCGCUCUCUGAACUUACCACAAGGCCGGGGUAUGCGGCGUGGGUUUACUAGCCCUACAUCGUCUACGAUGGUGAUCAUGGCUGCCCCAGAAGAAAGCGAGCCUUCGAGAUCACCGUCACCGAACAGAGUCAUCCCCCAGCACAAGAACUCAAGCUCGCCACAAAUUGUUCAGAUUGGUUCACCACGCACUUCAUGGAGCGCACCCUCACCUGGUCUUGUGGGUGCGUUCGCACGCCGCCAAUCAUGGCAGCCCGGCCGUAAGACGGCAAAGCAGCUCGAAGCUGAGUAUGACGAUGGUGACGAAGACGUGCCGGAUGAGGCGAUCUUGGAGAACGUACCUAUUACGCCCCUACCUGGACAAAGCUUCAAAUUGCGUGUGAAGACCCCAAGCCCGAAUCGAAAGCCUUCACCAUCCCACUCGACCCUGCAUUCCGCGAAUGUACCGAAGAAUGCAAAACGGCCAUCAGCGCCAACAAUCAUGCCCAAUGGCCAGUAUGGCGCACCUCGUUCGCCCAGACACGGCAGGCCACCGAUGCAUAGUCAUAGCGCCACCAUAUCCUCCUUCUCUGCGGAGCCGUUCGGCCACAAGCAUCGAUCAAAGUCGUGGGCCGAAGACCUCAAUGAAGAGGCUCGCGCGCUAUCAGCAGCAUUAGAGCAGUACACCGGCAACCUGUCUGCCGAGCGAAGACGCUCUGGUGUCGCCAGCAUGCCAAGUAGUCCACCUCGACCCAGCUUUAGCAAGAUGCGCUCUAAGACCACAGUUCUAGAGCUUCCACCCGUGCAAAAGGGCAGCAUCAUGAUCGACCCGCUGCCCAUCAGCAAGGAAAAGGAAGCAGUGCUCGCUCGAACACGACCUUCCUGGCUCCCACCUAAGAGCCGAAAAGAGGAGAAGAAGCACGUCAAGGAAUGGGAGCAGAUGAUGGCACGUGCCGCAGACGCGGAGAAGAAGAAGGCUUUGAGGCUUAGGGAGGAAGAGGAGACGAAGGAGGAGCAGCAGACCAACAUUGCUCGUAUUUGGGAAGAGCAAGUGCUACCGCACUGGGACGUCAUGACCCGAGAGCCUAGGACGCGUGAGCUUUGGUGGAGUGGCAUCACGCCCAAGAGCCGCGCAUUGGUCUGGCAGAAAGCAAUCGGCAACGAACUGCAGCUCUCACCCUCUUCGUUUGAAGCGGCGCUGCGACGCGCGAACGACAUGGAAGAGAAGGUCGCGGAGAUGCCGAGCGAAGAGCGGACCCGCAGCAGCCAAGCGGCCUGGCUCGAUGCUAUCGAGCGUGACGUGCCGAAUGUGUACCCCGACCUGAACUUGUUCGGUAAAGGCCAGCCUCUGCAUGUGGUGUUGAGCGACGUCCUAAAAGCGUACGCCAUGUACCGGUCCGAUGUCGGCUACGUCUUCGGCAUCCACCUUGUCGCCAGCGUGCUAUGCAUGCACAUGCGAGCACCCGAAGCCUUCGUGACGCUAGCCAACAUGCUCAACCGCCCGCUCCCGUUGGCCUUCCUCGUGCACGACAAGGCAUCCAUGAAUUGCGCUUACGACCUUGUACUCAGCGCGCUGAAGUACAAGUACACGAAGCUACACUCGCACUUAACCUCUCCUGCUCUGGAGCUCAAGCCUGAGGAGUUCCUGGACCCGCUGUUCAGGUGUCUGUUUGCCUACAACCUAUCUCCGGAGCACGUGGGCCGGAUCUGGGACAUAUUUGUGUUUGAGGGCGACAAGGCGUUGGUCCGAGCUGCUGUUGCUGUCCUAGGACGUCUGGAGGGGAAAUUGUAUGGGGCUCGGGAGGAGAUAUUAGACCUCAUCAGCUGGCGCAAUGAGGAGAAGUGGGACGUUGGGAGUGUAAACGAAUUCAUCAAGGCUGUACGGGAUGCGGGUAAGGUUGAUUCGCGAGGCGAGGCAUGACAGACCUGCAUUGAGCGCUCGGCUGCUUUGUCGGUUAGCAUAGCAUAGCGGAAUCGGAUGGGACAUGAUCGAGCUUUGUGUAACGCACGGAGCGUGUUGGAUUGCACAUAACCUAAGAUAAUACGUAUUGUA